AUGAAUGUGAAUGUGGUGUCGACGGAAGGGCCCAAAGCAUGCUGCGAGCAGAUCGCCGCCAAGCAUCCGGAGGCUGCCAGGCUAGUGGCGGACCUGACAGGUAGCCCAGGCCAGCUCCGCCGAGUCUUCCAGGAGACGGUCCGCAUGCACUUGAAGGCAGAACGGACCGAGGAGUACAAGGCUGCAGAGGUGGACGGCAGCGUGCUCAUCAAAUACUUAUGCCUGGUGAGCGAUUUCUUGCUGGACGAGACUUCUGCCGAAUUGAGGCAAUCGGCGCUUGGCAAGGCUCUCCAUGGAGUGGCGCUGGCUAGGCAGAAGGCCCGGAAAGACUCCAUCCUCGCAGCUGCGUCGCCCAGCCGCUGCGUCGCGGCUGCGGCAACUGCGGUGCCUGCGGCGACUGAGCAUUAG